AUGGAACAGCCAAAAGGCAUAAACAUCCUCAUCACCGGCACCCCCGGUACGGGGAAGACGUCCAUGGCGGAGAUGCUCGCCGCGGAGCUGGGCGGCUUUCAGCAUGUGGAGGUGGGCAAACUCAUCCAACAAAACCACUUCUACACCGAGUACGACAAGGAACUCGACACGCACAUCAUUCAGGAGAAGGAUGAGGAUCGUCUCCUCGAUUUUAUGGAGCCCAUCAUGGUGAGGGAAGGCAAUCACGUCGUCGAUUAUCACUCCAGCGAGCUGUUCCCCGAGCGCUGGUUCCACAUCGUGGUGGUGCUACACACAUCCACAGAGGUUCUAUUUGAGCGCUUGACCAAGCGGAAGUACAGUGAGGCGAAGCGGACGGAGAACAUGGAGGCGGAGAUUCAAUGCAUCUGUGAGGAAGAAGCGCGCGACUCCUACCGGGAUGAAAUUAUUCUGGUGCGUGAGAACGACACGCUGGAGCAGAUGGCCGCCACGGUGGAUGAGAUUUGUGAGCGGGUAGAGGUGCUAAAGGUCGAGCGCGGCCUGUAA